CGCAGGUUUCUGGCUAAUAUUUAAUAUCGCAAAUCGUGGACGUUUCAUUUAUCUGGACUGGAGCUCAGCGCAAGAUCCAUCUGUAUCCGCCCCACUCCGCACGCAGCUGAAGCACUUACCAAACAAUCAGCUAGAGACAAAACAGGCGCUGCUGAGAAAAUGAAACGAGGCUUGCUCCUGGUGACUUUGUUCCUCAUCCUGAAACUUCGCUCCAGCCAUUCUAGAUGCGAGGAAACCGGAUCGCUCAGACCCUCCUCAGACCAGACUAUGAGACUGGAAGGGCUGAAGCGUAACAUUAUGAGGAGAUACACAGACUUGGAUUAUGACAGCUUUGUGGGGCUGAUGGGCAAAAGAAAUGCUGAGGAGGAAGAUGUGGAAUCAUCACAAAAAAGGGAAAUGGAUGACAUAUUUGUUGGUCUUAUGGGGAGAAGAAAUGCAGACUCUGAUAAUAGCCCUUGGAGGAGAGAGUAUCCAGAGCGGAGAGUUUUUCUCAACAAGUCUAGGCUUAGGUUACUUCAGGGGCUGUAAAAGUUCAGCCAAACAUUUUUCAGUUUGGCUUUUCACGGCAGAAAACCGCAGAGGAGCACCAACAGCCCACAAGUCUGAUGGAAAAGCAGCCGAGCAGCUGGUUAAUGAAAGUAACCUAAACCAAGCAGAUUGUAACUGUUUUAUCUGAAAGAAAAAUAAUAAUUACAAGUCAUAAUUUCAGUUUCUUUAUUGUUCUCUCUUCUUUUUGUUCAAAGUUGAAAAUAAACAUAAUUUUUAUAUACUUUU